AUGCAAUACGUUGGAAGAGCUAUAGGCUCGGUAUCAAAAACGUGGUCUCAAAUUAAUCCUGCAACUUUAUCAGGGGCGAUUGAUGUUAUUGUAGUAGAGCAACCAAAUGGUGACCUAUCGUGUUCGCCAUUUCAUGUUAGGUUUGGGAAGUUUCAAAUACUUAAACCCUCACAGAAAAGAGUAGAUAUUAUUAUUAAUGGUAAAAAAAGUGACUUACCCAUGAAAUUAGCCGAUAAUGGCGAAGCAUAUUUUGUCUUUGAGACCAGUAAGGAUUUAGAAGGUAUUCCAGAUGAUUUGCUGGCGUCACCCGUAGCUAGUGCUGCAAGUAGUCCUGAACUCAAAAGUCAAAAGAGACUUGAUGAGCCUGAAUAUUUGAAUAUAAAUAACGAAAGUUCGAGACAGAAUCAACGAUAUGGAAAAGAAGAUGAAGAAGAGAAUCAUGAACUUACAAAAAAGUUUCAAGAAAAAUUAAACAAAAAGUUAACACAGAUACAUGUUCCAAGUAAAUCUGAUAAUAAUGGAGAUCUUAUAUUAGAUAUGGAAGGUUAUAAACCAACCCAAGAUAUGAUGCAUGAUACUGAUAUGCAAUUGAAACAACUGUUAAAAGACGAAUUGGGAAGUGAUAUGGAUAUUACACAAUUCAUAAAGGAAGAUCCAAAUGGAUCGAUAAGAAUAAUUAAUCCGUAUGAACAUUCUGGAGAUACACAGUUGAUGUCACCUGUUGGAUCACCUUCUAUAAAUGCAAGUGAGCCAGUUCUAUCAUUAGCUGGAAAUAAUGGUUUUAAAAGCGAUUCAGAAUAUUAUGUUCCUUCUUCUUCAUCAACAGAAGUUCCAUCAGAAAAACCUUUAUCUGAGAAUGAAGACCAUCACAUUAAAAUUGAACACACAGAAGGAUUAUCCAAAGCGACCACGGACAAUAAAAGAUAUAUAAAAACCAUUAGAUUAACCAAUGAGCAAUUGAAGGCAUUAGGAUUAAUAUAUGGUGAAAAUGAUUUGCAAUUUUCCAUCGAUCAUGGCAAAGCUGUAGUCAGUGCAAAAUUAUUUGUAUGGAGGUGGGACGUACCAAUUGUAAUUAGUGAUAUUGACGGUACAAUCACCAAGUCUGAUGCAUUGGGUCAUGUUUUAGCGAUGAUUGGUAAAGAUUGGACUCAUCCAGGUGUGGCACGUCUUUUUAAUGAAAUUACAAGAAAUGGGUAUAAUAUUCUAUAUUUAACAGCAAGAGGUGCGGGACAGGCUGAUUCUACAAGAAGUUAUCUGAGAUCGAUAUUGCAAGAAAAUUAUAGAUUACCCGUAGGACCUGUUAUUUUAUCACCGGAUAGAACAAUGGCUGCUCUAAAAAGAGAAGUUAUCUUGAAAAAACCAGAAGUAUUCAAAAUUGCAUGUCUAAAUGAUGUGAGAUCGUUGUAUUUUGAGAAUGAAUUAUCUGAUAAUCAUGUUGAUAUUGGAAUUAAACAUGAUACUCAAAAUAGUAACAUAGAAACAGAUCAUAAUACUGAUGAAAAACCUAAUGAAAACUCAAUGGAAUCUCCCCCUCAAACCAAUAUUAUUAUUGAAGAUAAAGUAAAAGUUAAGUCACCCAUUACAUAUCAUUAUAAUGAGUUUGAUACUGAUGAUAAACCGACUCCUUUUUUCGCAGGAUUUGGUAAUCGUAUAACGGAUGCUCUUUCAUAUAGAACAGUCGGUAUACCUAGCUCUCGUAUUUUUACUAUCAAUACAGAAGGUGAAGUCCAUAUGGAACUGCUUGAACUUGCAGGUUAUAAAAGUUCAUAUUUGCAUAUCAAUGAAUUAGUUGAUCAUUUUUUCCCACCAGUGAAUGUGGUUGACGACGACAUUAGAAGUUUACAUUCUACAAUGCCAGGAUCACCUGUAAAUACUACCAUUGAUCGAUACGAUAACUCAAACCUGAAUGAUGGAGAUUUUAGUAUGAACGAAACGAAAUCCUUCUUUAGACCUAAUCAAGAAGAAAAAUAUACUGAUGUCAAUUUUUGGAGGGAACCUAUUUUAAAUAUUGAUGACCUCUCAGAUAUCAGUGGUGAUGAUAAUGCCACCAACCCAAAUAUCAAAGAUGAAUCUAGUAGAGCUGCGUCGCCUACUGCAGCUCGAUAUUCUCAGAAAGACAACUUAAAUCUACAUAGAAACUCAACCAAUGAUGAUCUAAAUUCCGAUAGUAAAAAAAUCAAGAAUAAGAAGUCGAAUGAAGAUAUCGGUAAACAAAUGUAUUUAAAAUUUGGAUCUCCAUUGGCAUCACCUCAUAUGGAAUCCAUAGAUGUUGCAGAUAUUGAAAGUCCUUUGGCUCAAUUUUCUAUCGCUAAACCACCUGCACCAUCAACUGGGGUAUCGAAGAUUAGCGUGUUAGAUGACCAACAUUCGAUGCAUAGUAAAAUGAAUUCAGAUGAUGAUAAUAAAAAUUCUGACGAUGAAUUCGAUGAAGAUGAUGAGUUUGACGAAGAUGAAUUUGACGAGGAUGAGUAUGUUGAUUAA